AGUGUUUCUGGUUAUAACUGGGGGCUGUCCUGAAGAUUAACUUGAUAACUGGAGAGUAGAUUUCUCAGGUUUUGGCUCUUCAUUUUUCUGUUCCCUGAUCUGCAAGAUUUGUCCUGUUGAUGCAGCAGCUGUGGUUCCUCACUAGAGCUUUCCUCUGGUCUUUCACACCUUUGACUAUUUCAUCAUCUGAGCUUUCUGAUAUUUAGUGUGCCCUCUGACCAUCUUGUUUCCUUGUUCUUUGGACUAAACUGUUCCUCUGUCUUUUCUGGUUGUGGGCAUUUUAUGCACAAUUAUUUUUUCGUUAAUCACCACAUUGCACCUGAGCCACCCUCAUCCUGGGAGACAUAUGGUCCUGUUGCUCCGAAGUUAAGUGCCUCCUGACAAGGGACACCUGGCAAGAGUGCUAUUCUCCCUUCAUCAUACGGGUCCUGCCAGCUUCACUGGCGAGACGGAGCUCCCUCUGGCAGGGUCCGGGCUGGCCGAGCAGGCCGGCGCUGCCUCAGGGGGUGCACCCGCUCCGCGCCCCUAAUUUCCAGGAGGUAGCGGAGCCGCCCCCGGGCCGCCGGCAGGUGAAGGAGGCGGUGGCCGCGGCACUGCCCCUCAGCGAGGCGGCUUCCGCCCGAAAGGACGGGAGAAGCCGCUAUGAGGCUGCUCUUGCUGGGGUGCCUCCGAGCGCAGACCGGCAACGCGACCACCGCCGAGAGAAUACAGAAACAUCUACAUGCUGCAGGUCACAUCUGUGUUCUUAAAGAUGCUUUCAUGUAUGAAAGUCCAACUGAAAUAGCAAAUCUAACCUCUACAGAUGUGUUUGAUGCAGCUCUGGCCAUUCAUCUUUAUAAAGGAGGCAGACUUCUGCAAGGUAGCAGAAUUCCUUUUGGAGUCAUCUUUGGUGGAACAGAUAUAAAUGAAGAUAUCAAAUGUGAAGAAAAACGUUGUGUGAUGGGGGCAGUGCUACAAGAAGCCAGGUUUGCAGUGGCUUUCACGAUGAAGAUGAAGGAACGGGCAGCAGCAGAGUGGCCAGAUGCUCGGAAGAAAAUACAUGUCCAAACUCAAGGUAUUAAGACUGCACCCAGUGAGACAUUUGACUGGUACAGAUUUCUACAAAAUGCAGGCAUUCCUACAGAGACAGACAGUUUACAUAUGUUCCUUUUGAUAUGUGGUCUCCGAAGAGUCAAAGACCCUCUCUACUUAGUUGACGUGUUUUCAGAUUGGCACAGAAAGGAUCCCAGUGUCCAUCUGAGCAUAAUUGGACCUGCAGUUGAUCCACUUUUCACACAUGAAGUUAAGGAAAAAGUAAAAAGGGCACCAGGAGUACAUCUAUUACAGGAGAUGCCACAGGAUGAUCUUCAUGCUGCUGUGAAAAGGUGCUUUGCUGUGGUGAACAGCUCUAUUUCAGAAGGGAUGUCUGCUGCAAUUCUGGAGGCCAUGGAUUUAGGUACUCCAGUGCUGGCAAGGAAUAUUCCUGGGAAUGCAGCAAUAAUAAAACAUAAGGAAACAGGACUGCUAUUUUCAAAUCCCCAGGAGUUUGUUCUGCUGUCCAAGAGUUUGAUGAAUGACCCCAUUAUGGAAAGAGAAAUUGUAACAAGGGCCAAAGCUUAUGUGAAGAAACAUCAUUCAUGGGAAAGUGAAAGAAAAGUCUAUCAGAAUCUUGUCUUAAGGCUUCAGUGAACUGCAAGACUACAGCUGAUACCCAGUAGUCUGUAUCUAGAGCACUUUAAUGAUGGAUAUGUAGUUAGAAUUGGGGUUCUUUUGGUUUCUUUUAAGAAGGGAUGAUAAGACACACACUUAUUUUAUUCAAACGUACCAACACCACAGGAGGUGGCUGCUGCUUCAAACUAUCAAAUUUAUCUAAUUCAGCAGCACACUGUCUCUAGUGUACCAAUUCAUCACAGACAUCAUUUUGUAAGAUCACACAGGAGGAAAACACUCUUUGAGCAGACACCAAAUUCUGUUGUUCUGAGGUCUCAAAGGGAAGAUGAAGAUGAUUUCUUGUACACAGUGGAGCACAGAACUUACAUCAAGCCUGCUCAUCAUCUUAUAUCCUAACCAAACUGGAGUAGCAGUUUUCUUUCCUAUUAUACCAACCUGAAUACAUACAGGUCCAUGUGCCAUGCACAUAUAUGUCCACAAACCCAAGAUUACUUAUGUAAAGGGAGCAUAACAUUAUUGAGAUGGAAACUUUCUUAAGAAGUUUGACCUCUUGACUGCACAAUGAACAGGAGACCAAAAAAAGGCAAACAGUGUUGAUGCUUGGGGAAAGUGAGGAAUACAGAGCACAUCUUGUGUUGCUAAGUACUUGAAUUGUUUUCAGAUGAGCUGAUAAGACCAAACAGUUUUCUGCCUGCAUUUCCUCUUGGAUCCUGUGACUGCAGCAGGAAGGCUGACAGAACACCCAACAGCCAUACAGGGCUUCAGAUUCCAGACCUGCCCAGUGCUGCCUGCAGCAGCAAGAUGUGUUUGCAGGCAGAGAUGCUUUGCUAUGUGAACUACCUCUUAGCCAGUUUCUUUGAUACCUCUGUGAUUUACUUAUUUACUUUAUGAGAGCUGUAAAAAGGGAUGAAAGGGGAAAAGUAUUUCCUCUUUACUGUGUCCUUGUUUGUGGCUUUCAGGAUCUAGUGUAAGAUGCUGCAGCAGGCUCUUUUUAAUGUGAGGCUUACCUGUACUUGAAGUCCAUGCUAAUCAUCCCUGCCAGUCCAGUAAUUAUGGGCAGAUCUUUGAAUCCCUAAGUAGUCAAAGGAGUUAGAAACAUAAAAUAGUCCUAAAUAUGGUAGUACAUUUUUAACUUAAGAACGUCUAUAUCCUUUGUAUAGGCUUGAUCCUGCCCUGAAUGAGAACCAAGAAGAUGUUUGCUAUUGUUUGAAUGGUUAUAGUGCCAGACCUUUCUUUGUACUAAUGAAAUUCCCUGUGUAUUUUAAGCUUUCCUCCUUAUUUUUGACGUUUUGCAACUGUUGAGACAAUAAACAAGAAAGCAAUUUGAA